CUACUUCAUGUCAUGACGCCGAUGACGCAGAGCUUUUUUCCGACUGUGGUGCGUUGUGCAAGGUACUCUCCUGUCCAAUACCCAAAAAAACCCGUGAAAAAGUGAAUUUUAUCAUCGGAUUUCUUUCCACAAUUCCAGAAGAGUGAAUUGUGUUGUUGAGAAGCGAAGAAAAGCGAUACCCCGGAAAAAAGACGCGCGAGAGACGUCGCGAGAAGACAGAGAGAGAGAAAGUACUUGAGUAUUAUAGACCGAUAAUCCCAUAGAUCGUGGUCAAGAAGAGAAAAAAAAGAGCCAAGAAAAAUGCCGGGUGCUGGAACAUUCAAGCUCUUCAUCGGCAACAUCGAUGAAAAGACGCAAGCAUCUGAAUUGCGUCCAUUGUUUGAAAAGUACGGCACGGUGGUUGAAUGCGAUGUGGUGAAAAAUUACGGAUUUGUGCACAUGGAAAAUGAACAGCAGGGACGCGAUGCAAUCCAAAAUUUGAAUGGGUACGUGGUGAAUUCGCAGCCGAUGAAGGUGGAGGCCGCGAAAAGUCGUCGAGCGCCAAAUACGUCAACGACAAAGAUCUUUGUUGGCAAUUUGACGGACAAAACCCGCGCACCCGAAGUCAGGGAGUUAUUCCAGAAAUACGGAACGGUCGUCGAGUGCGACAUCGUGCGCAAUUACGGAUUUGUCCAUCUGGAUUGUGCGGGCGAUGUGAAUGAAGUGAUCAGAGAAUUGAAUGGCAAAGUUGUGGACGGGCAGCCGUUGAAAGUGCAGGUGUCGACAAGUCGCGUACGACCAAAGCCUGGAAUGGGCGAUCCGGAACAGUGCUACAGGUGCGGUCGUUCGGGGCACUGGUCAAAGGAAUGCCCAAGGCUCAUGUUCUCGGAGCGCGGAUAUCGCGGCGAUAGGAUGUACCGCGAUCCAUAUCCACCCCCACCUCCGCCGCCAUUCUUGCGGGACAGGAUCAUGGACGGAUUUCGGGAUUCGUAUGAUUCCUACUACGACAGGCGCUAUGAUGAUGGCAGGGAUUUGUUCGAGAGACGCUACUCCGGCAUGGGGGCUAUGCGUGGAGGCGGCGGAAGUGGAUCUGGGCUUGGCGGAGGACGAGAUUUUGGAGGAAUGGGCUCCAUGGGACGCCGAGAGCCCUUGCCUCCGCUUCCGUCACUCGGACGUUCUGGUUCGGGUGGUGGAUCCUUGGGGUCCAUGAGGGGCUCUCUGAGUGGCGGAAAUGGAGCUGGCUAUGAUUCCAUGUUCAGCCGCAGAAGUCCCCCAAGAGGUGGAAGCAACGGAAUGAACCGUUUCGGAAUCUACGAAGACUUCAGCCGAGAUUCCUUCGAUGAUCGUCGUCCAGGAAUGAGAGGACCAUCCCCAACGCACCGUUAUGCGCCCUACUGAGACGAAAUUGAUCCAUACUUCUACUACUAUUGAUUUUUCCACGAUUUUUCUUAGAUUUUUUUUUUAUAGUGCUACAGAUUUCAUUUACAAUUAGUUUUUCCUUGGUAGUUGAACUCUCAAUAAAAAGGAAGCAGGGCCAAGUGGACCAUUGACAAGAGAAAGAAAGAUAAAGAGAAAAAAGAGAGUUUCAGAAGAUCAGACAUAAUUUUGCGUGGAUUUUAUAUUAAAAUCGUGUUUUAGAAAAGAAAACAUUCACGAAUUGAUGUACAUUUUCUCAUUUUUUUCUAAUUGUCUCUGAAAUUUCACAACAUGUAGCUCAUUAGCAUACAUGAAUAUUAUUUUUAAUGAUUGUGAAACAUUAAAAUGGAAUAAUAUCAUGGA